AUGAGUUGGGGGGCGCUCUAUGCCCAGCUGGGCGGCGUCAACAAACACUCCACCAGUCUGGGAAAGAUUUGGCUCUCUGUCCUCUUCAUCUUCCGCAUCACUAUACUGGUUCUGGCGGCCGAGAGCGUCUGGGGGGAUGAGCAGUCAGACUUCACGUGCAACACGCAACAGCCCGGCUGCAAAAAUGUCUGCUAUGAUCACUUCUUUCCCGUGUCGCACAUCCGCCUGUGGUGCCUGCAGCUCAUCUUUGUAUCAACGCCAGCUCUGCUGGUGGCCAUGCACGUUGCCUACAGGAAGCGUGGGGAUAAGAAGACCAUGCUGGCCUCCAACGGCACUGAGAAGAUGACGGACACUGACCUGGAGACUCUGAAGAGGAGGCGUCUGCCAAUCACGGGCCCACUGUGGUGGACCUACACCUGCAGCUUGUUCUUCAGGCUCAUCUUUGAGGGUGGGUUCAUGUACGCGCUGUACUUUGUCUACGACGGCUUCCAGAUGCCCCGGCUGGUGAAGUGCGAGCAGUGGCCCUGCCCCAACAAGGUGGACUGCUUCAUCUCCAGGCCAACGGAGAAGACCGUCUUCACCAUCUUCAUGGUGGCCUCGUCGGCGAUCUGCAUGGUGCUGAACGUGGCCGAGCUGUGCUACCUCGUCGUCAAGGCGCUCAUGAGGAAGGGGAACAAACGAAGGCAACGGCGAGUGAAGCAGUAAUAAAAAAAAAAAAAAGACCCAAGUGCCUUUGUUUUUACGUUUGGUGUAUCGUUUACAAGAGCUGAUGUUUGAUUAUAAAUGUUAAACACGUUUUACAGUAACUGACGAAAGCGGGUGAGUUUUCGUGAUCCUGCUGUGUUGAAUCAAGUGACUGUAGCACAGAGUUAAGUUUGAAAAUUCUUAGCUAAAUGACUUUCUAUAAGUGAUUCUAGAUGUUUUUUUGUUUGUUUUUUUUUUCAUUUUUUGUGUGUUAAUUUUUGUG